UUCUGGGACUUUUAAUGCUCCUUCAGGGGAAAGUACUAUAGAUGUCUGGGUGAUGGGAGGUUUGUUUGGAAACACAGCAAACUCUUUGGAGUUGGGGUAAAUGUUAUUCCCAAUUUACUGGUGAACAAACUGAGUAGAGGAUGGUGAAAUAUUUAUACGAGGAAUCAGAGCAAAUCUGUGGCAAACUGGGAAUAAAACUCAGGAAUCCAAACUCCUGUUCCUGAGCUGUAAAUUGAAGGUCACACAUUAUAGAAAUGAUGUGCAAAAGCUGGACAGAACUUUGGACAAACAGGAAGGAUUGAAACCAGGUCUUUGACCCAGGACAUGUGCUUUCUGUGGGUAUAUCCCUUUCCUUUUAUCCAAAUAGAUCCAAAAGAGGGUCCUGCUAAGGGACUGGUCCAGACAAGACUUUGCUUAUCCUCCAUGGAUCAAAUCCCCUGUCUCUUUCUAACAGUCAGCAUUGUAUAACUUCUGCCACUUCCCCAACAGCAUUUUCUUUCUUGGUCUGGGAUUCUUCUCAACACCAUUGGAUUCUGCUGCAUUCAUCUCCUAGUUCAUAAAUUCCAGUAGCAUUAGGCAAAAGAAGGCUGGUUUGUGAGCUCUUCUCUUCACCCUUCUGUCAGCUUUCAUUAAAAGCAGCUGUACAGAGAUGCAGAUAGACUCUGACACAUUGACAUCUGUGGUUCUUGCUGCUCCUUGUCUCAGAAUCUCCUGACUCUUGAGGCAGCUGCAGUCUGUGUGCAGAAACAGGAAACAGAUUUAGUAACACACUGUCAGGCAGAAAUGCACCUGUACUUUUCUCCCUAAUCUGACUGAGUAAAAGCUGGAGUUGGGAGACUUAGAAGACUGUUGUGUGUGUGUGUGUGUCUGUGUGUGUGUUUAUGCUUUCUGCAUUUGUUAUCAGUCCUCCUGCUUUUGUGUCGCAUUCAUCUUUCUCUCAUUCGCUGGGGGUCUAUUGCGUGCUUCCCCUUGUACCUGAAGUAGCCCUUCCAUUUACUGAAUGCCCUAUUUUGUCCUAAAAAUUGCGUCCUCUGAGGGCCUGUUCCUAUUGUCUCUCACUCAUAGGCUCUGCAACCUUCCUUUUCUGCAUUACUGUUCCAAUUCUUGCCUUGAUCUUGUUUAACUUAAUCUGUGAGGCCCUGAGUGCAUUCCACUCCUAUUGACUUGCAUUGGAGUGAAAGGUACACAGCAUCUCCUGAGAUUAGGCAAUUAGAAGCACCCUUCCUUUUCAAAAACUCUUCAUGCUUUCUUAAAGGACACUCCCCAGAAAGGAUGCAACUGCCUGUUUCACCUUUCUUGAAAGUGCAAAACAAGACCCAAAUUCCUGGUAGGGGUUUGGAAUUAGUUCUGUAAAUCAUAAUAAAAGAAAAUGGCAUCAUGCUUAUUCCUGCCUAAUUCUAGAGCUCUCUUUUUUGGAAUGUGAAAACAAAGAAACUAGCAAAAUGCACACAUGCUCAGUGGGAAUUCUGCAUACAACUGGUGGUUGAUAACACGUUCCUUCAGAUAUCUGACAGAUGCUUAUCCUGACUCGCAACUCUCACAGGCAUGAUUUAAGUAGGUUUUGAGUUAUAUGAGCAGUAAAAGAGUCUGGAAAUAAUUCCUCAGAUGGAGCAAAGAAGCAUGUCUGAUUAGUCUUACUCCUUAUACUGAGUGUUGUUUUACAGACCACUGCCAACUCUUCUUCAUCUCUGCUGUAUGGUCCUGGAUCAUCUCUUGGUGAUUCUGAGGCCAUUUUUCCAUAAGAUUUUUGUAUUUCAUUUAUGUAGUUUUCAGUUCUGUUGCUUCUUGGUAGAGUUCUGUUUGGCUUUUCAACUGAUGAAUGCUCCAGCUCAGAGAGAGCAGAGCAUUUCCUCUUUCUACAUAUCCUGGGGUGAGGUCGUUUAGUCAUUGGAAACUGCCUGAUGCACAACAUUAAAAGUAGAAGAUCACUUAGUUCAAUUUAAUCAGGAGAAGCAGAAACUCUGUAAAGGAACUGAGAACUGAAAACAGGUGCAAGGCAAUGACCUGUACAGUGUUUCCAUAAGAAGCUGUUCUUAAUAUAAACUCUGCUUUCAAGUUCUGAAAUGCUUCAAAAACAUACUAAUGUCAGACACUGCUAGAUUUGGUCACUGUUGCUUGGUUUGCAAAUGAAAUGAUCUCUGGCUUUCAAUUCUUGUGGAGGGAGUCCUUUAAUUCAUUGUGGGAUGCUUUGCAUUGCUGGUGGUCAGAAUUGUGGAAGGAGCAAGAGGGAUUUGCAAGUAAGCUUGGGGCACCUGUGAUUAAAAUCUUAGAGCAGAUUACAUCACACCCAAUGACUUUAUAGUCUGCAUGUCCCCAGCCACCAUAAAUUCCAACUCCAGUGCAGUGGGACUUGGUGAAAGAGAAAUCCUUUUUUCCUUCCUCUGCACAGGUGAGGUUGCUGUAAGCAGAACUUUUCCUAGGUGAGAAAUUGCUAUUUGCACCUUGCAGUAUAUUGAAGCAAUUUGGUAUUUUUACUCUUUGGUGUAAAGUUCCAUUGUGCCCAAGAUUACGGCAAGGUUGUUUCACUCUAUUUAAUAAUGAAUAGAGCUAUUGACAGUUAUAUCAGCCAUGACCACACACAGACCCUCUCAGGAUUAACAACAACACAACAAUCUUCUAAGUGGCUUAAACCUUUUCUUAACAUUUGUGUCUAAGGUAUGGGUGUGGGGCUUGCAGUGCUGCUGUCUCUUUAAGACCUGCUUGUGUGUAGGGGUGUGGGUGUAGGGGCUGCUCUGAAAGAAACAUUUGAAUAUUUAUGAGCGGAAAAUCUGGAGAUGAGUAUGACAGAAAGGGGCAAUCCCUGCUGCAGAGCCUAACAAAUUGCUCUGUGGGGCAGCUCCUUUCUGCUUAGGACUUUGGACAGGAAGCUUAGGAAACGGGAAGGAUUACAGCGUGGAAGAUGGGAGGGAGGUAUUCUAGACCACUAGGUGGAAAGCAGCGCAGGUACUUGAGAGGUAAGGAGUGGCUUUUACUUGUUACUGUUUUCAGCAUCAAAGUUUGUGUUUAAUUGCAUACUUCAGCUGAUGACUACCUGAUGCCAGAUAGGACUCAAAGGUUAAAGCCUGGCUGCCAUUUAAAUACCAAUAUUCAUGUUUACAUCCAGCUGUUAUAAAGUCCAAACACUGUCUGCAUCAUUCCAGCUAUGGCUUGCAGGUUGCACAGAUGCCAUGGUGAAGAACUUCAUGCCCUAUUACCAACGACAGCUUGCAGCUGCUGUUCUGAGAGAGAUCUCGAGGGAGUUGGACGCGCAAAGCAAACCCACUCUGCAGCUGCUGCAGAGUCAACUCUGGAAGCCACCUAACAGUCUUCUACAUGAGGGAUUCCUGACCCAGUAUCACGGGGACUCCCACAAGUGGAAGGAAAAUUAUUUCAUCCUGUUGGGAGAUUGCAGGCUGGAGUGCUUUGAUAGUAAAGAGGCUUGGGGGAAGGGCUGUGAGCCCAGAGAAUCCACUACUCUGUCUGGGUACUUGCUGGUGACCACAUGGAGGGAGUACACCACACUGGUUAACAGUCUCUGCCAGGGAUUUGUAGGUGAUUACUCCCAUGAAGACCAAGACCCUUUAACUGACCCUCCAACAGAGUUUCUGCUCUUCCUCUACCACCCGCUCCGAAAGCAUCUUUGUCUUUGCACAGACUCUGCAGAAUCCCAGCAUACCUGGAAAUCUGCCCUUCAAGAUGGGAUCCGAUAUUGCAGUACAGUUUUACAGAGGAGGGACAAUGUGGAGGUUGAAGCGUUCUUGGAAGCUGUGCGGUUUUACAGGCAAGGAAAAGGUAGCUACAAAGUUGGGGAUCUUCUCCUGGGAACAGAACCAGAGAUUCUCAGUAAUGUGUUGGUGGAGGAUUUGUUGCCAGUACUACAGUUGCAGGUCCUCCCAAAUCUCAGAGGGUCAGAAAACAGGAGGAGACAGACCUGGUGUCAAUUCCUGGAGGAAGUCUACAUGCUGGUCCUCAGCCAGAUUUCUAGUGAAUUCCUGGAUUUUCAGAAGGAGCAAGAGAAACUCCAUAUUCAGCUAGAGAAGAAGAUUCGCCCUGACCUGGAUCAAAUGCUGACUUUAAAGGAUCAGAUAUCCAGAAAACUCCAAGCUGUGGUGCAGAGCCCAGCAGAGUCCUGCUGUCGGCAGGAAGUGGAACCUGACUUGGAUUGUGUGAUGGAGGAGCUCAUGCAUCCGAUCAGCCAAGGAUUUGAUAUGGUACGUUCACGCUUUGUGGACAGAGUUGACGAGAUGAUCGCAGUUGUCCAGAGCUCCUCGACCUCUGCCUUGCAGAAGGAGUUUCUCACACUUGGAAAAAUAUCCCAGAACCCUGGAUUCAUGUAUCUCUGUUACGAGAAGGCAGAACUCUAUAAAGACAGCCUGCAGGGAUUGAAGGAGAGAUUUAACUUCUACAGCAUGACAAGUUUGGUCCUCGGAGCUCAGAACCUCAUGCAGCAGCUGAUGCAGAAUUCGAUCCAUACAUUCCAGCAACUUUCAGAGCAACACCUGAGCAUGGCAAAUAACCGCAACCAGAUCACUCAGGUUCUGGAAAAGGUCAAGGGUCGGGUGCUAAAGAAAUUUGAUUACGACAGCAGCUCUAUGCGGAAGCAGUUUGCUCAGGAGUGGCUGCUUCAGAUCUUUCUUCCCUUUCUACUGAAGAGCCUGGAGCCCCAGUGUAAAUUGGAGCUGCCCAAGUAUGAAAGUUACGUGUUUGCUGACUUCAGUGACAUCAUAAACGUGGAAAAUAUUUAUGAAGAAAUGGUUCUGGCUAUAUUGAUGGAGGCAGUCAGCAAAGCCCUGAAAAAAGCCUCCAGCCAGAACAGACACAAUCUUUACAGUGACAGCUUCUCCUGUGUUCCGGACAGUGUGGACAACCUGCAGCGGGAUGCGGCCUCUGAAAUGAGGACAGGAGUUGAAGGUGGUAGUGCUCCAUCAGACAUUGUGACCCUUAUCCCCUCUCACAUCAGAGAAACUGUGUUAGAUGUGACAGAAUGGAACUAUGAAGGAGGCUGUGCUUGGGUUGCAAAUGCUCCAAAAUAUGAAGGCCAGAUCUGCCUACAGGUUUCCACAGAGGCUCUCUGUACAGAAGAAAAAUCUUUGUGUGUGUCGCCUGACAACAGGAAUUGGAGAAACCAGGUCUUUGGCCCAGACAUGCAGAGUGAAAACAAUGCCAAGAUGGACAACCUGAAUAAAAACAAACAUCAUGACAAGUCAAGGACCUCUUCUACAGGCACCAAAAACCCACAAGAACCAGACUUCACAAAGGAAUGUUUUGCAGACAAAUGUGUAGCAGAGAACUUGCAAGAGGAAUGGGGGAAAGUAGAUCAGGGAGGUCAGAGGCAUACUGAAGGUUCAGCAUGUAAUCUAGCUUGGAAUAAAGAUGUAGGACAGAGUAGUAAGAAUGGCACUUCUGAGAAAAAACAAAUAUAUGAAGGAUUAGUGCAGGACCUAGAUCUCUGCACGGAAUGUGGUGAUUGCCCUGUGGGUGGAAGUACACCCUCAGCCAGGAACCGCCCAGCAUCACAAACUGCACAGUCUGGCAAACCUUGGGACACCAAUUGGCUUGAGUCCACUUCAGUGCAGGUUACAGAUUUGGCCAGAGAAGCAAGUAGAGAAGAUGGAAAUUUAACAGAUGGAAAAUUACAUGGAACAGCAACAAGUCAUGUGGCAUCAAUUCAAUGGGAGAGAGGCAGAGCAGGAAAAAAUCAGUGUGGUUGGGAAAUGGGCACAAAGAUAGUAGACAAAGGUGAAUCCAGCAAGGGAGAAGUUUGUAAUGGACAAAUGACCCAUCUGUGCCCAUUUCCUGUGAAAGGAACGGGAAAUGCAACUCGCUCACAACAGCUGCAAGUGCACAGUGAUGAAAUGAUCCAUGAAGAAUCCUACACUCCAGAGAUGCCUCCUGCAAUAAAUCUGGAAACAGCCAAAAAUGCCCAGCAGGCAUUCAAGAAUCAUGGGGAUGUGGAUGGGCAGAUCAAAAGCAACUCUAGUGCCUUUUUAAUCACUGGGAGCUUGAGAUAUGAAGAUGUACAAAGGACCCUCAUCCCUGAGCCCAACGAAGCUAGAGAGACUGCUUGCAAGAUCUCUCAGCCCCCAGAGGAGAACGAAGAGGAAAUGCUACAGGCAGACUUCAGUGGGACAGAUAGGACUGUGUUUCUCGAGAGCCUCUCCAUAGCCAUUGAAAUGGAAGUAUUCCAAGCAGAUCUGCUAGAAAUGGAUCUUGAAGAUAAGAAACCAGAAAAAUUGUUGCCAACGGACAGCGCCUCUGAAAUCUAAGUACAGAGUCAGAUUUAACUGGCAAUGACCGGCAUGCUGAGAAGAAAUGAAAAAACCUGACACAUUCAGCUUUCCUGACAUGAGGUGAAUUUUUCACAUCCCCACAUCAACACGGAAUUGAGCCCACUGGGGCAAAGGAAAACAUAGAGGGACUGCAGGCCAUGUGGCCUUCUCACCCCAUGUGCCAUCACCUCUACCUGAUGAGAAACUUCUGGACCUUUAGCCAGUGGCAUGGUAGCUGCAGGUCGUCUGCUGGAGGAUCAGUAUGUAGCAUUGACCAACUCCUAAGAGGAGAUGCAGCUAUUUUCAUCCUCAGAGCUGAAAGCAUGUGAAGUUUGUGUGUGCUUCUCCAAGCAACAUGAAUUGAGAAGCUGAGGAACUGGAAAGGAAUGGACUCCCCAAGGCAUGUAAUGCUCAUGCGUGUUGUAUGAUGUACAGGCAGGCCUCGGACUUAUGAGACAAUCGGUUCCUGAAAACUGCAUCUUAAGUCGAAACAUUGUAACUCGGAACCAUUUUUCCCAUAGGAAACAAUGUAAUAAAUGGGGAUUGGUUCCUGAACCGAGGCCUGAUGCCCUAUUUUCACCA